AUGGACGACUACACGUUGGUGAAGAACGGAACCAUUAUCACUGAUACAGCGACGUACAAAGCUGAUAUCCUCAUCAAAGACGGCAAGAUUGAAUGUAUUGGUGUUUCUAUACCCGAGACUCACUGUAAGAAAGUCAUAGAUGCGACUGGUCUCUAUGUCCUUCCUGGUGCAAUAGAUGGCCACACCCAUUUAGCCAUGCCGUUUGGUGGCACAAUAAGUGCAGAUGAUUACGAAGCUGGGACACGCGCAGCUGCUUGUGGUGGAACAACAACCGUUUUUGACUUUGCCAUUCAAAACACUGGGGAGUUACUUGGUGACACUCUUAAGAGACGAGAUGCGCUUGCAAGUGUACAGGCAUGUGUCGACUAUGCGUUCCAUAUUGCUAUCAAAGAUAUAAGCACCAAACCGUUACUCGAUUCCGUGGAAACUGCUGUCGAGUCUGGAGUGACUUCCUUCAAGAUAUUCAUGGUGUACGACUUCUUUGUGAAUGAUGGACAGUUCUACACCAUCUUAAAGAAAACCAAAGAGUGUGGCGCAUUGCUUGGGGUCCACGCCGAAAACAGAGAAAUCAUUAACACGCUGAUUGCUGAAUUUAAAGAAGAGAAUCACAUGACACCGUACUACCAUUACCUUUCUCGUCCCGAGUUUGUCGAAGAAGAAGCCGACCAACGUGCCAUAGCCAUUGCAAAGAGCACAAAAGCGCCACUUUAUAUUGUCCACUUGGCCAACAAAGGCGGCGUCAAAGCACUCGAAGAAGCGCGCAAAGAGGGGUACCCGAUCUUUGCGGAGACUUGCAUUCAGUAUCUUGAGAUGACAAGCGAUGUCUACAAGAGAGACGACGCCAUCAAGUAUGUUUGUUCCCCACCGAUGAAAGGGAAAGAGAGUCAAGCGGCUCUUUGGGACGCGUUAAAGCGGGGAGUCAUCUCCACUGUCGCGACUGAUCACUGUCCGUUCCAGUUGAGUGAGAAGCAUUGGGGUGAUAAGGACUUCACGAAGAUCCCAAACGGAUGUGCUGGUGUUGAGAAUAUGUUCCCGUACAUGUUGUCCAAAGCCAAUGAAGGUGUUCUGCCGUUCACUAAAGUCGUUGAAGUGUGUUGUGUCAAUCCAGCAAAGUUGUUUGGACUUUACCCACAAAAGGGGGCGUUGUGUGUCGGGUCUGACGCCGAUUUUGUUUUGUAUGACCCCCACAAAGCGUUUGAAGUCAGUGUGAAGAAUAUGCAUUCCAACGUCGAUCACACGAUUUGGGAAGGGUUAAAGCUUAAGGGAUAUCCAAAAGAAGUCUACUCGAGAGGAAAUCUUGUGUUCAAAGAAGGAGAGUUCGUGGGGAAGAAGGGAGACGGAAAGAGACUGAUUUGUAAGAAAAUCAAGUUCACUGGUCCAUCACUCGAAUAA